AUGAGUGGAAUGAAGGCCACGUAUAAAUUCCACGGCGAGGUGGUCCACUCGUUCGAGAGCUAUCCGGACGCCACGGAAGCAUCGAACGGGUAUGCACUGGUGACAGGAGAAGAGAAGUCGAACCAUUCGUACUCGGGUACGAUGGAUGGCGGCAAUGCCAUGCCAGAACUCAAGUCGACGGGUCCUUAUGCUGCUCUUGUCAUUUCUAUCAAGCGAGCGAAGCAGGAUAGCGAACUGUUUUUCAAGGACCGCGUAGAGGGUCCCGUGCCAGCUAAACUGUACAAUCAAUAA